UGUCUCCAUCUGGUAUCUUCGCAACCAAGUCUCACACCACACUAUUCCAUUCUAUUCUUUUGCUCUGUAUAUAGUGAACACCUUCAUACGCAAUUCUGCCGCAUCACACUCCUCUCUCUCUCAAUGUCUUCUAAACACUCGCCAUCAGGCUCAAGCAGUAACAAUAUUUCGUGUUCCAGAGACUUCGAAAUAUUUCUGCAAGGCUGGUUACUUCGACAACACCGUUUCCAUGAAUUACUCCAAACCACCCUCCAAAAUAUUGAAGAUCACAAAGAAGAUGAUCUUAAUGUUUUGGUCUCCAAGGUCUUAUCUCACUACCACCAAUACUACGAGAGAAAAUCAGAAAUGGCGACUCACAAUGUUUUCCUUGUCUUUUCCCCACCAUGGUUCACUCCAUUCGAGAAGACCUUCUUCUGGGUCGGAGGCUUCAGGCCUAGCCUAGCCUUCAAGGUCCUGGAGACGGUGAUCAACGGGGAGGAAUUGACGGAGCAGCAGCGGCAGCGUCUGGAUAUGCUGAAGGAUGAUCUGGCGAGAGAGGAAGCUGAUGUGGCGAGAGAGAUGGCGUCUACUCAGGAGAAAGUGGCUACUGAUCAGGCCGUCAUGGAAGCGGUGAAGAAGAUGGAGAAUAGGAUUGAUGGGGAGAUUGUUGAGAUGGAUGCGAUACUGAGGGGAUUGAGGUCUGGGAUGGAAAUAGUUUUAUCUUGUGCUGAUUCUCUCAGAGUGGCGACUGCUGGGAAGGUGACUCAGAUUCUGAAUCCGGUUCAGUGUAUUAAGUUUUUGGCUGCGGUUACUAAGCUUCAGCUUCGAAUUCGAACAAAGGGAAUGCAGCUCAUAGGUAGCAACUAAGCCCUGAAAAAAUCCAAAAAAAAAUGUAGUAUAAAUUAAGUGGUUUUUUCGCAGACAUGAGUUUUGGGCAAUCUGAGUGUGUUGGUUGUUGGAUUUGAGGGUUUUGAUCUGAGUGUGUUGGUUGUUGAAGUGUUUUGGGCAAUCACAGUAUAAUGUGUUUGCUAGUUCUUGGUUGUAUAACCGUCUUGCAUGACGCUUUCACUAGUACUGUUUUUGUGCUUUCCCCUCAAUCUUCUGCCCAAAUUUUAUCUUAAUCUUACUUCCCUUUGCACUU